AUGUUGUUCAAGGCUUAUUGCUUCCUCAGCCUCAUAGGGCAUGCUCUUGCUGUCUCUGUUGUGUCUUCACCCACGGUUCACACUAUCAAUGGGACGUAUUCAGGGUUGAGCAUUCCAUCUUUUAAUCAAGAAGCAUUUUACGGCAUUCCAUAUGCUCAAGCACCUGUUGGAGACCUUCGCCUCCGAAGAUCCCUGCCAUAUAACCAAUCUUGGUCUGGGAUACGCAAUGCAACAGUUCGAUCUGACUCUUGUCCAGGAUUUAACUCAUUCCCACUUAAUCUUGUUGGGGGUAGUCUUAUUGACGGACUUACCCUGGGAGAAGACUGCCUGACUAUUGAUAUUGUCCGGCCAGCCAAUGUUAAGCCUUCUGAAAAAUUACCUGUCUUCGUUUGGUUUUAUGGUGGAGGUUUCAUUGCCGGCGGGUCUGCUGAUCCCAAAUACAAUAUGUCAUAUAUCGUCAAGAAUUCUAUGGAUAUGAAUAAGCCUAUUAUGGGCGCUAUUAUCAACUAUCGAACGAUGUGUUUCGGCUUCUUGGCAUCUAAAGAAGUCCUAGAUGCUAAUGUUGGCAAUCUCGGACUCUUUGACCAGCGACAAGGCCUCAAAUGGAUCCAAGAGAAUAUUAAGAGCUUUGGUGGGGAUCCUAAAAUGGUCACCAUCGCAGGAGAGAGUGCAGGUGGCUCCAGCACGGGCUAUCAUCUAAUUGGCUUCAAUGGCAAUAAUGAUGGGCUGUUCCGCGGGGCAAUUAUGGAGAGCGCGAGUUUGCUGGGAGCUCCAAUUAAUACCCCUGAACAACUGCAGAGAAGCUAUCAAGGCAUGUACGACAACAUUACAACAACCGUGGGUUGCAGUACCUCGAACGACAGCCUGGCUUGCCUACGAACUGUUCCCUAUGAGACUUUGUACGACGCAUGCACUGGCUUCCGGCAAACACCAAUCAUGGAUGGAGAGUUCAUCUCACAAUUACCGUCACAGUCUAUCCAAAAAGGAGAAAUCGCCGAUGUUGCCAUCAUCAUGGGCACUAAUACUGACGAAGGCACUGCUGUUUUCUUAGGACCCCGUGCUAAUCCUUUGAACACUGAUGAGGAAGUAUCCAACUACAUCCGGGCUCUUGGAAGCGGUCUUGACAAUACAACAGUAGAAACGGUUAUGAAGCUAUAUCCAGAUGACCCUACUUGGGGUUGCCCCUUCGGGACUGGACCCGAACGGUUUGCGGAUCAGGGAUAUCAGUACAAGCGCGGCGCUGCUAUUGCUGGCGAUUACUUUAUGCAUUCAGGACGAAGAUUUUAUGCAAAUUGGCAUAGCACUCGAAGCAAAAAGCCAAUCUACACAUAUAGAUUCGACCAAGCGCCUUGGGAUAUGAGGGAACCCUCCAUCAUGAUUGUGCCGCCGGUAUAUGUGACACACUACUCUGAGAUUGUGUAUGUGUUUGACAACCCCAAUAACAACAGUAACUUCAUUGGGCCCUACCCAAGCUAUGCAAGGCUUCAGUCAUUUAUGUCGCGAUCUUGGGUGUCAUUUGUCCAUGAUCUCAAUCCCAAUAACCAUGGACUCCAAGACCCGAACCUUCCAAAAUGGCCAACAUAUGAUUCCAGGCAUCCUCAAAACAUUGUAUUCCGCGAAGGAGGGAGUUUCAUUGAGAAUGACGAUUACCGGAAACAGCAGCUGGCGUUUUGGGCCACUAUCUGGCCAGAACUACAGACCUGA